AUGUAGCAAUCACUCUAUGAUCACUUCAUUCUCAAAUUUCUCAACAAGCACUACGUUUAGCUCUGUCGAUGAUGGUGCAGAUGAUGCUCAAUUGCCUUUAAUUUUAAAUGGAAAAUAUUUUAAAAUCCUGAAAGCAGUUUCUGAUACAAUUUAUCAAAAAGCUGGUCAUGGUGUCGAGGCUGCUUGUCAAAUAUGCCCAACACAAAAAAAUAUUCGAGGAUCUGUCAAACGGACGUCAAAUUUCUUAAGCCAUCUGAAGGAAAUGCAUCGUCCCGAGUACGAAGAGUUUUUAGUAGAAAAGGACCAGAAGUCAAAGCGCGCAAGAAAAUAUGGUUUAAGACAAGCAGACUUUGAUGAAAAAGUGCUAAAAUUCGUUGUGGACACAUCUUCGCCCUUGUCUAUUGUUGACCAUCCAUCGUUUAUUGCGCUUUUCAAUGAUAAUGGGUGCAGCUUUGUAAAAGCAUUCAAGGACUUUGGCGUGGAAGUCAAUUACGAUGCUGACGAGAAAGAUGGUGAAGAUCUCGAAUCAAAUGAAGACAUUCCCCAAUCGGUAGAGGUUCCAGAUAUAAGCCUAACAAAAAAAUACAGGUGUCCAAGUCAUAACCUAAAUUUGCUAGCUACUACGGACUACUUAAACAUAAUUAAGUCCGACGCAAUAGCAAACGAAAAGCAUCAGAGUGUAAUGAGAAGAUGUUCAGCAGUGUGGAAUAAAUGCAACCGUCUGAAAUCCGCCGAAAGCAUCAAAAACCUUCUGGGGGUUACGCUGAAAACACCGUGUCCAACUCGAUGGAACUCACACUAUGACGCAUUUAUGCAUUUGCUGAAAUGCAAAAAUCAACUUGAUGACUUAUGCAUGCUAUUGGAAGUGGCAAAGCUGUCGUCGAGUGAGCUUCAAUAUUUGGAGGAGUAUUGUGAAUUGAUGGAGCCAUUGGCAACAGGACUUCACUUUCUCCAAAGCGAUAAGAGCAUGUUCUUUGGAUACUUUAUACCAAUAUUGAUAACUAUCAAAGUUAAAUGGCAAAGGAUGGAUGCAAUGGGGAACUUUCAGUUUCUUAAUGAACGAGUUCGGGAUAUGGUAAAUGCACUGGUGCGGAGAUUUCAAGACUUUUUUGAAGUUUCUCCCAAAUGCCAGGAUGCAUUUGUGGCCGCCAUAUCCUGUCCAGCUAUUAAGCUAAAGUUUUCAAGUGCAUUGUCUGAGACAGCUCCAGAUUGGACUGACGAAAAGUUCAAAGAAAUGUUUUUGAAGCAUGCUGAAAAGUUUUCAGAUCCCACUUCAAGCACUUCGUCAGCGCGAAACGAUCCGCAAGUGUUUAACUACUUCGAUUAUGGAGAAACAGAAGAAGAGUCAAUAGAAGCGACGCCAGCAUGCAUUGAGCUCUCGCGUUAUCUCAAUGAUGGGGAUGAAACCAUCGAGUGUUUGAACCGGUAUCCGGCAAUCAAAUCAACGUUUUUUAAAUUUAACACUCCUAUACUUUCAUCUGCGCUUGUUGAACGCCUUUUCGGCUAUGCAGGACUGGUCAACGGAAAGAGAAGUCAAAAUUUUUCAGACGGACAUUUUGAAAAAUUAGUCUUGUUAAAGGCUAAUAAUAUAUUUUGA